AGUCACGUGGGCGCCGGUCCGGAAGAGGAGGGACGCCGGCUGCUCGCUGAGGGCCCCGGGGCAGUCGGUGUGGCCGGCGGGAGCGUCUCUUGCCGCUCGUUCGGGAUGAUAAAAUCAACAGAAGGACAAUUGAAAAGAAAAAAUGAAAACCUGAAUGUGAUUGGCUACAGUUAUGCUGAAUAAGACAAAUUUUGUGUCGUGUGUCCCUGAGUGAAUGGCUGCGUGCAUACACAUUUGAUUGCCUGAAAUCUGACCACUGGGUCCUGGCGACUGGCAACAUUAAUGUUCAGUGUGCUGUGUUUUAAAGUGUUAAAGAAGAUGCAAAGACGACAUAGCAGCAUCACUGAUGGUCCUCCUCCUGAACGAAGUCGGAGUCAAACUAUCACUUCAGAGACGAGCAUGGAUGAGAGUGGUGUUUUUGAAGGCCUCAAAACAGAGCCACCCUCUUCUCAGCAGCUUUUCCCAGGAUUGGGGGGCAUCCAAUCAGCCCUGGGGAGCAUCCCAUCAGGAACCAUCACAGCCACACCUUUUCAGUCCAGCUUGGUUCUGGGGUCCACAGCAGGAGGAGGGGAGGUAUUUAUCCAGAUGCCUACCCCACGGGAGGAAGGGACUAUCCAUACAGAAGGAGGUUCCUAUCACCAUCGCCAGCAGCCUCAUCAUUACCAUCACAGCCACCAGCGAGGGGCUUCCUUACUACAUGUGGCAGGUGGGGAUCGCCAUGGCCAUACCGAGGAGGGCUCUGAGGAACAGCCGGGAACACCAGCCCCUGCCCUUUCCGAGCUGAAAGCUGUAAUGUCCUGGUUGCAGAAGGGGCUUCCAUUCAUCAUGAUCCUCCUAGCAAAAGUCUGCUUCCAGCAUAAGCUCGGAAUUGCUUUGUGUAUAGGCAUGGCCAGCACAUUUGCAUAUGCAAACUCCAUUCUCCGAGAACAAGUUUCCUUGAAGGAAAAGAGGUCAGUACUGGUGGUGUUCUGGAUCGUGGCCUUUCUUGGAGGGAAUACCCUGUACUUGCUCCACUCCUUUAGUUCUCAACAGUUGUACAACAGCCUUAUAUUUCUGAAACCCAACCUUGAAAAGCUGGAUUUCUUUGAUCUGAUGUGGAUUGUGGGAAUCACUGACUUUGUACUCAAAUAUCUCACCAUUGCUUUGAAGUGCCUUGUGGUUGCUCUACCGAAAAUCAUCCUUGCUGUUAAAUCAAAGGGCAAGUUCUACCUGGUAAUUGAAGAACUGAGUCAGCUCUUCCGGUCUCUGGUCCCUAUCCAGCUGUGGUACAAAUAUAUCAUGGGAGACGAUCCAUCCAGCAGCUAUUUCCUUGGAGGAGUUCUCCUGAUCCUGUACAGCCUCUGCAAAUCUUUUGACAUCUGUGGCCGUGUGGGAAGCUUGCGGAAAGCAUUAAAGGUCCUUUGUACUUCCCAGAGCUAUGGGAUCCGUGCAACUAACCAACAGUGCAGUGAGGCAGGCGACAUCUGUGCCAUCUGUCAGGUGGAGUUCAGAGAACCUCUUAUCCUCUUAUGCCAGCAUGUCUUUUGUGAAGAGUGUCUCUGUCUUUGGUUUGACAAGGAGAAAACCUGCCCACUCUGUCGCUCUGUGGCAGUGGAAACCGUGCGAUGCUGGAAGGAUGGCACCACUUCUGCUCAUUUCCAGGUGUAUUAAUUUCUAAAUUGUACCAGGAAGUAAGAGAGAUGUGGAGAGACAUGUUGUUUAAAAAGAGAAGAGGAGAAAGAUGGAGGUAGGGUAUUUGCCACUGCAGCUUCUCCAGGACUGUUCUGUUGAAAGUGUGUAAUCAAUUAACAGAACUCUGCCUCAAUCUGGCCUUGGAACAGGACUGGGAAAAUAUCACAGAUUCAUCAGUGGCUAUUAAUAACAUUGGUUAAAUACAACUUCUAUUCAAGAGCCAUGUACUACAGAUUAUCUGUUGUCAAUUAUCAGCAGUGGCUGAGAUGUGUUAAAUUUUUUACCUAUAACCUCUUGGGAAUAUUCCAGGUAUAACCCCAUACUGGAGAUUCUAGGAAUAAUACUUUAUAAAAGUAACUUGUCAAGGUCUGCUUCUCUUUGACUAAUGUUGGAAAUAAGAUGCCGGACCAGAUGGUUUAGUCUUGGUUCAAGCAGGGCUGUUCUGUGAGUUAGAAAAAUCUGGGUGACAAGUGACUUCUUGCUGUUUAAAAACUGAUCACUGGCCUAUGUUUUAUUCAUGUUUGUAUUGUCACUGUGUUGAUGUUAUAUGCCCUCAUCAGAGAAGUAGUUUCUCCCAAAGGCUGUUUGCAUUGCAUUAAUCGGUUGUAAAUCAAAUGGAAGUGGGAACUGCUAUUUAAUUAUAUAUUUCUUUUAACCCAGCACAUAUACUACAUAUUACGUAGAACUCCCAAGUCUACCAGACCUCAUUUCAUUGGAUUUAUAGAUUGCCUUUUCUUCCAAAUUUAAAACUCAAGCUGUUUACAUUAUGAAAAACAGGUACACUGAACAAUAAGCUAUUAUAAUAUUAAAUAUUAACAUAAUAUUAUAACACUAAAACGUAAUUAAAUGGGCAAUUAUUAAAAUACCAGCUAUACUAAAAGCAGUUUUAAAAGUGUAUCCGUUUAAGAAAGAGAAAGGAAAGAAACAGAAAAUUCACAUCUGGAAUGAGCUGACUACUAAAGUAUAUUAUACAUCCGGGGUAGUAUAGUGGUGAGUUUUGAACUAGUGACUUGAGAGAAGCAGAUGCUAGUCCCCAGUGAGAACUCAGCGGACUUGGGUGACUUUGGAUCAGUCUCUCACUCUCAGCCUGACCUGAGGGUUGUUUUGAGCAUAAAAGAGGAAAGGGGGCAGACAUGUAUGCUGCUUGAGCUCAAUUGAAGAAAGGCAGUAUCUGAACAUGGCAAGUUAAUAAAACCAUCUCCUUGAAUCGCAGCAUAAAUGAUUCUGUGUGCCUGUGUUUCUGCCCACCAUCUCAUCACUUUGCAUUACUGUAUACUAUCAUGCUGGUCAUGUUCAGUUGAUUUUGUUAUACAGAGUUAGAAUCUUGGCAUCCAGCAUUUCUUCACCAACCAACACUGGUUCUCCAGAACUUCAUGCAGGUAUUUAUCCAGUUUUACUUGGAGUUGCUAAGGACUGAAUGUGGGACUUCCUUUUGCAGAGGUGGUACAGUCUACCACUGAACCACAGAUUCUCUCCUCCUCCCUUCCUCCUGUUGGAUCCUGGCUUCAGAAUUGUAUGUCAUGCUUUGUUUUCGUAGAAUGGCAUUUAAGUUAAAUGUCAGUUGGUGCAAGUUCGGAUCUUUAUGCUAAAGCCAAAGAAUAGGGCAAGGGUGGGUAAGAGAAGAGCAAUGGUGAGUCACAGCUUCCUGAACCAGGUGAAGACGUGAACAACCUUAUAAAGCUGGCUAUUUUUUAUUUAACUAUAUCUCUGCUUGCAUGCUUAUGCCUCUGCAUGUAGAAACAAAACGAAAUAAAAACUGUGUCUCUGUAAAAAAAA